UAUAUUUUGGAAAAGAAGAGAGGGAAAAGGCGGAUCAAGAUUGUUGUUUCGAAAAUCAAAUCACCUUUCCAUAAAUAGAUCCAAGAGGCAGAGGCUGGGUUUUGGUCAUUUUCAUUUUUCUACAAAACCCUUUCGGUUUCCAGUCUUUUCACUAUUCUCACUACAGUUUGGUCUCUGUUUCCAAGGGUUUAACUUUCCCUCAAAAAAUUCUACCAUGGAAACGCCCUCUUCCCAGCCCAAAAGGCGUGGCAGGCCAAAGGGUUCUUCUACCAAAUCCAAAGACGAAAAAGAGAAGGAACUUCACAGUACCGGCAGGAUGAGAGGUAGUGUUGACAAGAGAGCUGCUGCUAUCGACGAACAAUAUGUUCAGUGGAAGUCACUCGUUCCCGUACUCUAUGACUGGUUCGCUAAUCACAACCUCGUUUGGCCUUCCCUCUCUUGCAGGUGGGGUCCAGUAGUUGAGCAGGGUUCUUUGAAAAACCGCCAGCGACUCUACCUUUCUGAACAGACGGAUAAGUCGGUGCCUAAUACUUUGAUCAUCGCUAAUUGUGAUGUGGUUAAGCCCAGGGUUGCAGCAGAAAAUCACAUUGCAAAUUUCAAUGAAGAGGCACGCUCGCCAUUUGUGAAGAAGUACAAAACCAUAAUACAUCCGGGAGAGGUUAACAGAAUCAGAGAACUCCCGCAGAACAAAAACAUAGUGGCAACCCAUACUGAUGGUCCUGAAGUUCUCAUUUGGGACAUUGAAGCUCAGCCUAACAAGCAUGCUGUCUAUGGUGCUGCUGCUUCGCGUCCAGAUCUGGUAUUAAGUGGACAUCAGGAUAAUGCAGAAUUUGCUCUGGCUCUGUCCCCCAUGGAACCCUUUGUCCUCUCUGGAGGAAAGGACAAAACUGUUGUCUUGUGGAGCAUUCAAGACCACAUUUCAACAUUGGCAGCAGAUGCACCCAAGUCUGCAGGACCAGGUGGCUCUAUAAUUAAGUCUGCUGAUAAUCCUUCUAUUGGACCACGUGGUAUCUUCCAUGGCCAUGAGGAUACUGUUGAAGAUGUUCAGUUUUGCCCUUCAAGUUCACAGGAAUUCUGUAGUGUUGGUGAUGAUUCAUGCCUCAUAUUAUGGGAUGCUCGAGUUGGUAACAAUCCUGUUGUAAAGGUUGAGAAAGCGCAUGAUGCUGAUCUUCAUUGUGUCGACUGGAAUCCUCACAAUGACAAUCUUAUCAUAACCGGGUCCGCUGAUAAUUCGGUACGCUUGUUUGACCGGCGAAAUUUGACUUCAGAUGGGGUUGGAUCACCAGUACAUGUGUUUGAGCAUCACACCGCCGCAGUUCUCUGUGUUCAGUGGUGUCCGGAUAGGUCUUCGGUGUUUGGGAGCUCUGCAGAGGAUGGUCUCUUAAAUAUUUGGGACUAUGAGAAGGUUGGUGAAACAAAAGAUACUGAAGUUACAUCUGAUGAUGAAGAAGAUGAUUCUCCUCCAGGCUUGUUUUUUCAGCAUGCUGGCCACAGGGAUAAAAUUGUGGACUUUCACUGGAAUGCAUCAGAUCCAUGGACUAUUGUUAGUGUAUCUGAUGAUGCGGAGACCUCUGGUGGAGGCGGCACAUUACAGAUAUGGCGCAUGAUUGAUAUGUUGUACCGGCCGGAGGAGGAAGUUUUGAAUGAGAUGCAACAGUUCAAGGACCACGUGAGCAAGUGUGUUCCUAAGUCCAAAGGCUGAGUUAUUUUAGCGCAAUAGUAGGCACUAGAGACACCAUGUAUGAGUGUAAACAGUAUCUAGUAGUUGGAACGGAUUUAGCGUGGACCAUUGAUAUUUGCAUGUAGGAGCUAUGCUUGAAAGUGGUUACUGUAUGCUAGUAGACGGUAAGCGUUUUAAGUAACCAAGACUGUAGAGCAUGAAUGUUGUAUGUUCUGGAUCUGUGGUAUUUUGCUACUUGAUGUUUGCAUUCUUAUUUAGCAUGCGAAA